CUGGAGUAAUAAACUAGCCUGGGUAAUAGUGACAAUGAAGCUAUUGGAUUACCAUAUACACCCAUCUGGCUUGCUAAUGUCUUUACUACUAGGGAAAGAAGUCUGCUGUUCUUACCCCCAAUCUAGUUUAUAGGUGGUUCCCCUCUGGAGGAAUGACGGCCGGAUCCAUUGCAGUCCCACAAAUCAUCCCACUUAGGGUUCCUCUCCCUGGCAAACCCAAGAGUGAAAUCGAUACCAACACUCUUAUCGGAAUCAAGUCGGAUACCCCUGAUGUGGAUAUUUACUACACAUUAAAUGGCAGCAGACCUCAAUUCUUGAAGAAACCAAGUUGUGGGGAGAGCUCCACCCUAAAGUACAAGAAACCAUUCACAUUGCAGGCAGGCAAAGGGACUAUUAAAGCUUUGGCUGUUUCUAGAGAUGGCCGAGAGAGUGGUGUGGUGACCAAGGUGUUUCUUGUGGAGUAUGUACAGCUCAAUACAGUGGAGGUAUUGGAAGAUGAUGAUCAGAAUUUUCUGCAAGAUUAUGCAAAGGAGCUUUCCAGACAGGAGACUCUAGAGGGGUUGGGACCCCACACAGCCACAUUCAGUACAACUCUGAACAAGGAAAGCAAGCAUGCCUGGGAAGAGACAAUACAAAAAAUUCCUGAACUGAAGAUAGAUGACAAUGGUCUCCACAAAUCAUUUAAUAGUCCACGUUUCCUGAACAGCCGGUUAGGAACUUUAGUCCCUGGACGUGAGCUGACUUCAACCUCUCAGUCCCACAGGUCUCAGUUGGCUGCUUCCAUUGAUGCGAGUCCACCCAAGACCCUGAGCAGUACCCAAACCAUGAGAAUCCAAAGAGAGACUGACUUUCUGAAGUGUGUGUGCUGCCUUGCUCCUCGUCCAUCAGAUCCUUUUGCACGUUUCUGUCAGGAAUGUGGUUCACCUGUUCCUCCAGUGCCAGGCUGUAGGCUUCCACCACCUGAAGGAGCUCAGAUGGGGCUCUGUGUGGAAUGCAAGACAAUGGUCCCAUUGAAUACUCCAACAUGUAUUGUAUGUGAGGCCCCUAUAACGCCUCAGCUAAAGCCUGAGGCCAGCAUUAGUCUCAAGAACAAGAUUAUCUGUCGAUCGUGUGGAACAGGCAACCCAGCUAAUGUCCAGCACUGCUUAAUUUGUGAGACCAGGCUGUCAAGAUCACUGAAACCACAUUUUAGUGGAGAUUCCACCCCAUCAUUACCAAGUCAAGAAGGGAAGAUGCUGGCAUGUUCCAAAUGCGGGCGGGUUAACAAUACUGAUGCUCGAUUCUGCGACUGGUGUGGAGCCAAGCCUGGUCCCCCUAUGAGCUACCUCAGCUGCUCAAAGUGUGGAGCAACCAACCAUCCAUGUGCUCGUUUCUGUGGUUCCUGUGGCCUUUACCUGGAGCCCCCUAUGCGGGUGGAUUCUCGUAACAGUGCAUUAUUUGGUUCUGGCCAAUCCACAGUCCUAGCUGAGGCUACAGAUCAACACAAUUCUGCAACCUGGCAACCUUUGACCAUCCCAUUACCAAUGUUCACGCUGGAAUCUAAUAAAGAGGAUCAGGGGACCCAAACUGUUGGUCUCUUUUACCCAUCCUGCAUGGUGCUGGAGAAGAAGGAAAUGGAGAUCAGUUGUCAACAAGCGAAACAGCAGAAGAUAAUUGAUCGGCGUCCCCUUCUAACAGCCAUCAGCCCUGGAAAGGGAUAUUGGAGAUUGCAGUUAGAUCACAUCUGUGCACAUCUGCGUAGUUACACACAGAACAACACUGAAUUCCGAGCCCUUAUUGGAGAACCUCAAAUGGGAAAGAUCAUAUCAGCUACGGUCCAUGAAGAUGGAUAUGAGCUCAGUCUCCAACUGAACUUUGCUCUUGCAGGAAAUAAGAAUAUACCAACUAGAAAGUCAGCAAAGCUUUCUGAGAACAACUUCCUUAGUAGUGUGACUGAAGGGGGAAAUGGUUACCAUGGCAGCCUGACCAGUUUGGCUAGUGAGUCUCAUUCAAGCGGAGCAGACACAAGCAAGAAACCCAUAAAAUCAAGAAGGAAAAGACAAGUGACAACGAAGGAAGAUAGACUGCCACUGAAUGACAGACAAUUACUGAAGGAAGUGGGACCAACUGGCUUGGGGAGAGUCUCAGAGAUACAGCAAUUGCUUGAUGAAGGAGCAGAUCCAAACUGCAGCAACAACGACGAUAGGCCAGCCUUAACUGUGGCCGUGAUGAAUCAACAUCAUGAGGUGGUCCCGGUUCUGGUGCAGAAGGGAGCAGACAUUAACCAACAGUCAGGGCCCCUGAAAAACACUGCUCUUCAUGAGGCCGCUGAGUUGGGAGCUCAAGGAGUGAAAUGUGUGGCCGUUUUACUUGGCUGCAAUGCAAGUAUAAAGAAGAAAAAUGAUAAAGCUUUAACAGCAUAUGAUUUGGCUGUCAAGACUGGCAAUGACCAACUAACCUUAUUGUUUGCUGCAAAAAUGGGACAGGGAAUGUUAGAUAAAUUCACCAAGACUAAGCAUGUCAGCCUGGAUGUCUUUUAAUGCUCGCUUGAAGGUUUAGACACAUUCAGUACCAAAGGUUUGUGAGGUAAUCAGUGCAAACGUUUUCAAGAAAGUUUCAAUAGAGAAAGCAAGCUCUGACUCUCAGAGAAUCAGUGUCCUGCAGCUGUAUGUUUCUGGAGGCUGUUGUUGCUUGUUUUGGAACACUCACAAUUCUAUCCCCACUCUUCUGUCAAAGCCAAAAUGAGCUCCUAACCAGUAACUCAGUCCAGAUGUUUCAUCGAGGAGAGCGAGAGGGAGGAGAGUCCAUUUUCCUGUUCUUUAUGAAAUUGACUGUUGGUCUCGAUCUGGUUUUUAAACAAGAUAUUCAAAAAGCAAGCUCAUACAUGGAACCUUCAGUUACCUUUGAUCCAGCAAGUCUUUGAUAAGUGUCAUGAAAAAAUUCUAUUGUAAAUCCAAGGAUUGCACUACUUUUCCAUGGAACUCUAUAAAUAUUUUGUAGCAAACAAUUUAUAAUUUAGCCUUAGAUGUGCAGCUGAUCUUAAUCGAACGAAAAAUACAAACCUUUAUCUAAUUUGUUUCUUUUUUCUCAGAAGUGUUUUUUCUGAAAUAAAGUUAUAGUACAACAAA